CAACAACCAGAAAAGUAUUCCCCCAAUAACUUCUAAGUUUGCACCACAUACCACCUAAAUUAAAAACCUAAAACCCAAACUGUUCAACGAUCCGAUCAGAUUCAAAAGGCUGUAUUCACUCACAUGGCUUCAUCAGAAAUCGAAAUUGUAUCAGAAUCAGCUGACCAGAAACCCUCCAAUCGAAACCCUAAUGAACUCCAGAUGGUAGACAUUUAUUCCGCCUCUGCGUACGGAGACUUCGAGAAGCUCCGGCACUUUGUCGAAAACGAUGGCGUUUCGGUUUCCCAACCCGAUGGAAAUGGCUACUAUCCCCUACAGUGGGCUGCCCUCAACAAUUUCGCUGACGUUGUUCAGUACAUAAUUGAGCGUGGUGGUGAUGUUAAUGCUUCGGAUAAUGCGGGGCAAACGGCACUGCACUGGGCGGCGGUUCGUGGUUCAAUUGCAGCAGCGGACAAGUUGAUGCAGAAUGGGGCGCGUGUGGAGGCUGCUGAUGUUAAUGGUUAUCGGGCAGUUCACGUCGCAGCACAAUAUGGGCAAACAACGUUUCUGAAUCACAUUGUUGCUAACUAUCAUGCUGAUUUUGAUGUACCUGAUAAUGAUGGGAGGACUCCACUUCACUGGUAUGUUAAAUGCCUGUGCAAUUCACAUGCCAUAAUAUUAUCAAUGGUGAUUGCCUUAUUUGUGAAGAACAAGUUGGGGUUCAUCAAUGGAACUAUUCCAAUACCUGAAAACAAUCAGGAGUUGCUGAAUGUGUGGAUCCGUAAAAAUAAUAUUGUUACUUCAUGGAUCCUCAAUUCGCUGUCCAAGGAAAUUUCAGCUAGUGUGCUGUACUCUGAGUUUGUGUCUGAAAUAUGGACCAAUCUGAAGAAGCGAUAUCAGCAAAGCAAUGGACCACGCAUCUUUCAGUUAAAACGAGAAUUGAUGAAUCAUGUGCAAGGUGAUUCUUCUGUAAGCACUUACUUCACUAAGUUGAAGACAAUUUAA